CAUGAAUUACCAAAUUAACAGUGCAAAUUGGACUUGAAUUAGUAGGCGUUCAAGCCAGAUUUGGGGAGGAAGCCAAAGAAAACACAACAUUUACAUUGGACAAUACUCCUUGAUGCCCCCGCCCCACUGCUCCGCUUUGAUUCGCGUUUCGUCCAACAGUUAUUCCCAAGUUACUCAGCACCAUAGCUCGAGAAUCCGUCCAUGUCUACCCUCUGAUCGCAUAUUCCUUCCGCCAAACCCUAAACCCUAACCCGAAUUCUGGUUUUCUGUUUCGUAUUCUACAGAAAUGUGCUCUGCUACUUCAUCUCUUUCCAACCUCUUCCUUUCCACCAAGACGCACUCACCUCUACUACGAAGCAACAGCUCUAUUUUCAACCGUCAUAGACCAUUCCUCUACUUCGUUCGACCCACAAUUUCCAGGCGCCAAAUAUCCGCUGCAAUCGCCGAGUCUAAUUUUGGGCUAUCGUGGUUUUCUCCGAAUGAGAAUCCUAGUGAUGAUUUUGGUGGCUGGGCUGUUGUUGAGUAUCCGGUCCCGCAGAAAAAGAAGAGAGCAUUUCCUUCGUAUGUGGUAGUUGGCAUUGGUACUUCACUGGUUGUUCUGGCUGCUGUCAUCGCUAGCUUUUCAUUAUCGAGGAAAGGUUUUAAGGUUCAAUUUGGAGGCCCAUUGCAAGUUUUGCAUGGAAUUUUGAGCCCUUUGAAAGUUCGAGGAGAUCAAAACAAAACUGUAGAGGUUGACACAUCUAAUGAGAAUGAUUUGAUGUCGGAUGUGAUGGAAGAAACCGUGCCUGUUCCGAUUACAGAAACUGCUACAUCUGCUGUAGACAAGCCAGAGCGUGUUAUAAUUCCUGUGACCGUUGAUUCUACCCAAGAAGAAGCAUUGUCACUCUUGAAGCUGCUGAAGAUACUAGAAGAUGACGUCGAGCCUCAUGAAUUGUGCACGAGAAGGGAAUUUGCAAGAUGGCUGGUUAAAUUAAAUUCUUUUCUUGAACGGAAUCCAAAACACAGGAUUGCCCCAAUAGUUACGCUCUCUGGGUCUUUGGUUACUGCUUUUGAUGAUAUCAGAGUUGAAGACCCAGAUUUUGCGGCCAUUCAAGCCUUAGCAGAAGCUGGUGUCAUCCCCAGCAAAUUAUCUCCAACUUCUGCUGGACAUGGGGGUCAAGAGAACUUGAAAUUCUUUCCUGAUAGAUUCAUUUCACGACAAGAUUUAGUGGACUGGAGAGCUCAAUUUGAGUAUGAAUUUUCCCCUGAAGUAAUUGAUCAGAUGUCAACUAAAAAAGUGGGCUUCAUGGAUUUGAAGGAGAUCAGUUCUCACGUCUCCCCAGCGCUCUAUGUGGACAUGUUGGCAGGGGAUAGGAGCUUGCUCAGAAAAGUUUUUGGACAGAGCAAGCGGUUCCAGCCAAACAAGCCUUCAACAAUAGCACAGGCAGCUGUGGCUUUGACAAGUGGCGUUAUGAAGGAAGCAAUUUCUUCUGAAUUGUCAAGAAUGGAAUCUGAAAAUUCUGCUAGACAAGCUGAGGCAGAAGAGAUUAGGUCUGAGUUGCUUAGAAGAGGAGAGAUAGAGAAGUUUUGGGAUGAGAAGUUUAAUGAAGAAAAAUUUCGUGGCUUUGAUGUAGAGAAGCAUUAUCUUGAUGCAUUAAGGACUUUGGAAGAAGAGAAAGUCAAUUUAGAUAACAUUGCUGAGUAUUUAAAAGAAAAGGCGGCAAUGGACUGUCAAAGGCAGCUUCUACUAAGUGUAAAGGAGGAGGUUGAUGAAAUGUCAGAAACACUUUCGUCAGAGAGGGUUGCCUAUCUGGAUGAAAAGCACGUUGUGCAGCAGUUGCUCAAAGAUCUGGAGUCCAAGCAUGAAGAAAUGCUUGAUAAAAAAUCUACUCUGGAAGCUGAGAAAGAGGCUCUUCAGAUUAUGCGAUCUUGGGUGGAGGACGAAGCAAGAAGAAGCCAAGCUCGAGCAGCGGUUCUAGAGGAGGUAGGGCGAAGAUGGAGGGGGACGACAAAAAUUGAAUAGGCAAGUUCCAUGGGUGUAAAUUAUUAACAAAAAUUCCUUAGUCUCAAGUCUUGAUGAGGAUUCUGUGAACAUUUUAUCAUCCACUGGUGUUAAUUGUAAACAAUAAUAAUAUACAAUUAUUUCGGGAGGUUUUUGGCUAUGGCCACUGUUUUCAGGUUCAGCAUGGCGAGCCAUCUUGCAUGCUUUUCUCUCAAGUCUUGACUAAACCUUCUCAUAAUCUUGCAAUAUAAUAUAAUUGUUUCCUUGUAA